CUUUCACUUUUGCCCGUCCCCGUACUUGAUCUUGACAUCGAAAUCGGUCAGAUUUCAGGUAAUAAUUACAUCAUUGAAAAUACGAUCGAACUUGACUCGAAUCACUUCAGUUAUCUUUGAUUUAUCGAACCGAUCGUUUCACGUCGUGUUGCAAAAAAAUGCCUUAUUUGUUAGACGAACCAGCUUGGAAAGCUCUACAGAGCUACUACGAUAACAACGGUUCAAAAAUUAAUAUUUUACAGUUGUUCAAACAAGACGCAGCCAGAUUCGAUAAAUUCAGUUUGAAACUAGACUCACCGGCUGGUCCUGUACUUUUAGAUUACUCCAAAAAUCGUAUAAAUGAAGAAAUCCUCCAAUUACUGUUCAACUUGGCAAGAGCCCGAAAAGUUGAAUCAUUCCGAGAUGAGAUGUUCUGCGGUUCGAAGAUCAACUUCACCGAAGACAGAGCCGUUUUACAUAUCGCUCUUCGCCACAAGUGCGCCGAGCCCAUUAAAGUCGAAGGCGUCGACGUCAUUCCAAAAGUGAACGCUGUCUUAAAACAUAUUCAAGAAUUUACCGACGAGGUAUUAAGCCAACGUUGGAAAGGUUACACCGGUAAACCGAUCACGGACGUUGUGAAUAUUGGCAUCGGUGGGUCCGAUCUCGGUCCUUUGAUGGUAACCGAAGCAUUGAAACCGUACUCGAAAGGAUUAAAUGUACAUUUUGUAUCCAAUGUCGACGGUACUCAUUUGGCUGAAACAUUGAAAAAGCUCAAUCCGGAAACCGUAUUAUUUAUCAUCGCUAGCAAAACGUUUACCACCCAGGAGACCAUUACGAAUGCUACUUCGGCUAAAAUAUGGUUCUUAGAAAAAGCUAAAGAUCCGAAAGCUGUUGCCAAACAUUUCGUAGCGUUGUCAACUAACGAACCGAAAGUCACCGAGUUCGGAAUCGAUAAAGCGAACAUGUUUGAAUUCUGGGACUGGGUCGGAGGUCGUUACUCACUAUGGUCUGCGAUCGGAUUAUCCAUAGCUUUAUUCAUCGGUUACGAAAACUUCAUUAAACUACAAGAAGGCGCUUACUAUAUGGAUCAACAUUUCUUAAAUACCCCGUUGGAAAAAAACGCUCCUGUUAUCUUAGCUCUGUUGGGUGUCUGGUAUCACAAUUUCUACGGUGCCGAAACACACGCUUUAUUGCCCUACGAUCAAUACUUGCAUCGAUUCGCCGCCUAUUUCCAACAAGGAGAUAUGGAAUCGAAUGGAAAGUAUAUAACGCGAAGCGGAGAACGUGUAAAAUACUCGACAGGACCGAUUGUCUGGGGUGAACCUGGUACCAACGGACAACACGCGUUUUAUCAAUUAAUUCAUCAAGGUACUCGUCUCAUACCUGCCGACUUCAUCGUACCAGUCCGUACUCAUAACCCUGUUCAGAGUGGCCUUCAUCAUAAAAUUUUACAAGCUAAUUUCUUAGCCCAAACUGAAGCCUUAAUGAAAGGUAAAUCGGCCGAAGAAGCUAAAGUCGAAUUACAGAAAAGUGGCAUGAAUGAAGAAACGAUCAAGAAAAUCCUUCCUCACAAAGUCUUCGAAGGCAAUCGGCCAACUAAUUCUAUCGUAGUUCCUGAAGUAUCACCUUUCAUUCUUGGAGCUCUAAUAGCGAUGUACGAACACAAAAUCUUUGUCCAAGGAAUCAUUUGGGAUAUCAAUUCGUUCGAUCAAUGGGGAGUGGAACUUGGUAAGCAAUUGGCUAAAGCAAUCGAACCGGAAUUACAAGACAAUAACCCCGUCUCCAGUCACGAUUCCUCAACCAACGGUUUAAUCAACUUUAUCAAGCAAAUUAGACAAACUCAGCAAUAAUUUUAAUACGUUACCCUGUAUUCUACUUUGAUUUAUUUUAGAUCCUGUUGUUUUUUAUGUACAUAUAGUACUGAUACAUUCGAAAGAUUUUAAAUUAGCUUAAGUAUUUAUUGCUUGUCUCGAAUUUUUUAAAAUUCAAAUAUCGUUGAAAUAAAAAUUUAUGCUUGUUA